UGUCCACCCCGCUGGGCCAGGGCAGGGUGAACCAGCUCGGAGGGGUGUUCAUCAACGGUCGGCCGCUACCCAACCACAUCCGUCAUAAAAUCGUGGAGAUGGCCCACCACGGGAUCCGGCCCUGCGUGAUCUCCCGGCAGUUGCGGGUCUCCCACGGUUGCGUCUCCAAAAUCCUCUGCAGGUACCAGGAGACGGGCUCCAUCCGUCCCGGAGCCAUCGGAGGCAGCAAGCCCAGGCAGGUUGCGACUCCCGACGUGGAGAAGAAAAUCGAGGAAUACAAACGGGAAAACCCCGGGAUGUUUAGCUGGGAGAUCCGAGACAGGCUCCUGAAGGAUGGGCACUGCGACCGGAGCACCGUGCCCUCAGGUGAGAAGGCAGCUUG